AUGGCCCAUUUUAUCAAGGCGCACUAUCAUCCGUUUCUAUUCGCCCUCAUGACCUUGUCCGCCAUGGCUGAGCUGGGGCUCACGGCCUUCCUAAUCAGCGCGGGGAACGAAAACGGCACUUGGCCGAGCCCGAGAUACCAUGCUCUGUUAAUUCUCUUCCUCUUCAAUGCCGUGUGGACAGUGGCAUUCUCUACAGCGUACAUGUUAUGGAUCGUGGACGGCGCGGUGCAUCUGCUUGCGAGCAUCGCAUCGUCCGUGAUUUGGUUGCUAAUCUCAUCCGUGCUAUGGGGUACUGCUGCCGGAAUCAUGCACAACACUCGCUCAGGUGGCAAUUGCGCGCGUGUGCCUCCCAUUUCACGAUGUAGGCAGUCUUUGACUGUGGAAGCGCUGGGAUGGACAGAGUUUGGCCUGUGUUUGAUAACAAUGGUACGAUGCAUCCGGCUGCCCGCUUCGCGCUUUCCAUUUGAGUGA